UUUGCACCUCUGGAGGCAAGUGUUGGAAUCUAAAAGAGAAAAAUACAAAUACUUCAUUUAAAAAAAACAAAGCAGCAAGGUUUAUAUUUUAGUUUUUUAAGAUUACUUAAUUUGUAUUUAUAAGGCAAUAAUUCUCGUAGAGUCAUCUGCACUAUUAUUUACAGUAAAUAGGAAGUGUUGUUCAGCAGCGCAAUGAAAGCGGUGAGUGAUGUCCCUGCUCUGAAGAAGGCAGGCUGCGGUGAAAUGACAUUGCAUUGCCUGUCGGAGCACAGUCUCAGCAUCGCCCGCUGCAAGAUGGAAGAGGAGUCGCUGGAUCUGCAGUACGACAUGAAGGAUUGCUACUCCAAGCUUAAGCAGCUGGUCCCCACCAUUCCCCAGAACAAGAAGGUGAGCAAAGUGGAGAUCUUACAGCAUGUGAUCGACUACAUUCUGGAUCUGCAGCUGGCUCUAGAGACGCACCCGGCUCUAGUGAGACCGCAGCCGGCGAUCUGCGCCUCGGCGCCCCGGAAUCCUCUGACAGCUCUCAACACCGAACAGACUGGGUCUAAAGUCAGAAGACAAGAGGACAGCAUUCUGUGCCGCUGAUGUGAUGCUGUGUGAGGUGUGCCCGAGAAACGCGCGCGCACACACAUAACAGACCAGAGAGGGGAAAGAGAGAGGAAAAAAAGGGAAAAAAUCUAAUCCUAACGAUCAACGCCAAAAACCUAUCCAACAGACUCCAUCCUCGGAGGGGUUUCUGCCAAAUCACGUCUUAUCUCUCUGCUACUCAGCGUUAAAGCCACAGACUUGAAAAAAAAGCAGAGCUCUGACCUUGGGACACUUGGGGAGGGGUGGGGGGUGGGGGAUAAACUGAGUGACUUCAGGCUGGUCGACAACUCAUUGGAAGGUGGAAGAAACCAGUGAAACCCAUCUAGGGCAAUAGUGGAAAGUUUCAUCGACUAAAAACAAGUGAUUGCUGACGCUUUUUACUAAUCCAGCAGUAUCUUCCAGAUGUUCUGUCAUAUUUUAAACAGACGACUGGCUUAGACCAGGGGAGUGUCGAUACGCCAUUUUUUCUAAAAAAAAUGUAAAUGUAUAGAAAGAAGGUGGGGUGGGCGGCGAAUCUUAACCUGCUGUACAUAUUCAAGAUGUUCUUUAUGAGUGUACGUGGAAAUGUAUAUGCUUUAAUAGAUCAUUGUAAUUAUAAGAUAUUUUUUAUUAAAAAAGAGCUUUUGUACAGUU